AUGAUCGAUACUGUAAGAAUCAACGUUAAGGCCGGGAACGGUGGCGACGGGUGCAUCAGUUUUUUGCGGCUCAAGUACCUGCCCCGCGGCGGACCCGACGGCGGCGAUGGCGGCGAUGGCGGCAGCGCAUACAUCGUUGGCGAUUCCUCCCUCAACACGCUGCUGCACCUGAAGUUCAACAGCACCUUCUACCUGGAGCGCGGAACCCACGGUAAGGGCAAGGACCAGCGCGGCGCCAACGGCAAGGACACCGAGAUCCGUGUGCCCCUGGGUACGGUCGUCUGGCGGCUGCACCGGGACGGCAGCAAGGACUUCAUGGCCGAUGUCGUUUCGGACGAGCCGGUUCUGGUUGCCAAGGGCGGUCAGGGAGGUUGGGGCAACGCCCGGUACGUGUCGUCAACCAACCAGGAGCCGAUGCUGGCCCAGUCCGGCGACCAGGGCGACUACGCGGUACUUUGGCUAGAGCUCAAGCUCCUGGCCGAUGUUGGUCUGCUGGCCAAGCCCAACGCCGGCAAGUCCACUCUGAUCUCCCGCUGCUCCGCCGCAAAACCCAAGGUUGCCGAUUACCCCUUCACCACCGUGGAACCGGUGCUGGGCGUGGUCACCCACGGCGGGCAGGAUUUCGUGAUGAUGGAGAUCCCCGGCCUCCUGGAAGGGGCCCACCGCGGCAUCGGCCUGGGUCACCAGUUCCUGCGCCACGCCGAACGUGCCCGCGCUUACGUUCACCUCAUCGAUGGUCUGUCCGACGACCCCGCCGGCGAUUUCCUCAUGCUCAACCGUGAGCUGCGCGAGUUCAGCCCCAUGCUCGCCGCCAAGCCCCAGGUGGUAGCCGUGAGCAAGUUGGAUACCACGGAUACCUACGAAUUGCGGGAUGUCAUCGAGGAAGAGCUGCGCCGCGCCAUGGUUCAGGACGAGGCGGUCGGCGGCGCUGGCGGCGAGACUCGCAUUCACUUCAUAUCCUCAGUCUCUGGUGUCGGCGUGGACGACCUGCUCGGCGACCUGGUCCGUAUCCUGUCCGAUGCGCCCCGCGAUGGUAUCGACGCGGCGGAAUGGGAGGAAGAGGUCGCGGUCCCGGCUGCCAGCGUGGAGCGGGAACGUGCGCCUUUGGGUGUGUACCUGGAUGGCGACGUCUACGUUGUGGAGUCGGAACGCCUGCAACGCCUCACCGGCCGCGCCGACAUGCGGGACUACCGCGUCAUGCUGCAACUCUGGCGGGAGAUGAACCGGCUGGGCAUCGCGAGGCGGCUUCAGGAGGCUGGCAUCGAGGCCGGCGAUACCAUCCGCAUUGGUGACGCCGAGCUGGAGUGGUUCUGA